UCAUACUAAUGAAACACAAGUAGCUUUUUUUGGCAAAUAAGAUACCUUUAGGCGGGUGAGAUAAAGCUUCAAAGUAAACCAAUUAUAAAGGAGGCUAGGAAAGAAAAACGAAUAACUAAGGUUAUAAUUAUGUCCCAUGGGUGUCUAUAGGCUGCAGACGGGAGAUGAUGAUGGGUAAUUAUCCCAUAAUGUCGUUGUAAGACCCUGUGCUUAACAAUUACACACACACAGAGACGUGCCUCACGUACACCCUAUACAAUGUACAGCACCAGUAAAUAAGGAAGGGCAAUGGACUGCAUUUCAUUUGCGAAAAAAAGAAAAUCAACAUUAACGUAAAAAAAACAAAUGAAAUAUCCAGGAAAUAGCGCAGCCUGAGUAAACAAGCACAAGCCUUGGAUUGAGACCUCCUACCACGGAGUGAUCACUGAGAACAAUGACACGGUCCUGCUGGAUCCACCUCUGAUGGCCCUUGACAAGGAUGCUCCAGUUCCAUUUGCAGGUGAGAUUUGCGCUUUCAAAAUUCACGGAGAGGACGCUCCUUUUGAAGCUGUGGUGCUGAACAAGACAUCUGGCGAGGGGCUCCUCCGAGCAAGCAGCCCCAUUGACUGUGAACUUCAGAAGGAAUACACAUUCAUCAUCCAGGCGUAUGACUGCGGAUCCAGGGCUAGCGGAACAAACUGGAAGAAGUCGCACAAGGCAGUGGUGCACAUCCAGGUGAAUGAUGUGAACGAGUUUGCUCCCACGUUCAGGGAGCCAGUGUACAAAGCGACCGUCACCGAAGGGAAGAUCUACGACAGCAUCCUGCAGGUGGAGGCGGCGGACGAGGACUGCUCCCCCCAGUACAGCCAGAUCUGCAACUAUGAGAUUGUCACUCCUGAUAUCCCCUUCGCUAUCGAUCGCAAUGGCAACAUUCGAAACACAGAGAUACUGAGCUAUGACAAAGAGCAGCAGUACAAAAUCAUGGUGACUGCCUACGAUUGUGCUCAGAAAAAAGCCACAGAUGAUGUGUUGGUGCGCAUUGAUGUCAAGCCAGUUUGCAAACCUGCAUGGCAAGGCUGGAACAAGCGGGUUGAGUAUGAGCCUGGCACUGGCAGCAAACCGUUAUUUCCCACAAUGCACCUCGAGACGUGUGAUGGGCCUGUCUCAGCUAUCCGGGUCACCGUGGAGCUGCAGACGAACCACAUCGGGAAAGGGUGUGACCGGGAGACAUACUCCGAGAAAUCUUUACAGAAACUGUGCGGGGCCUCAUCAGGAAGUACUGACUUGCUCCCAGCUUCCAGUGCCACAACAAACUGGACAGCCACCCUCCUGACAGACAGCGGACGGGACAGUGACCUGAUAUUCAGAUUCGACGGCAGGCAGGCGGCGAAAAUCCCUGACAGAGUGGUGCCAAAGAAUCUGACCGACCAAUUCACGAUCGCCACAUGGAUGAAGCAUGGCCCCAGCCCAGGACUCAGAGCUGAGAAAGAAACCCUUCUCUGCAAUUCAGAUAAAACUGAGAUGAAUCGGCACCACUACGCAUUCUACGUGCAUAACUGCAGGCUGGUGUUUCUGCUGCGUAGGGAUUUCAACCAGGUUGACACAUUCCGUCCUGCUGAGUACCACUGGAAACUGGAACAGAUUUGCGACAAAGAAUGGCACUACUACGUGAUAAACGUGGAGUUUCCCGUUGUGACCUUGUACGUUGACGGGGUGACCUACGAACCAUACCUGGUGACUGACGACUGGCCGAUACACCCCUCUCAAAUUGACAUGCAGCUCACAGUCGGCGCAUGCUGGCAAGGGGGUGAAGUGAUAAAGCCACAAUUCACCCAGUAUUUCAGAGGCAGCCUCGCUGGCCUCACCAUCCGCCCCGGCAAGAUUGAGAGCCAGAAAGUGAUCUCCUGCCUCCAGGCGUGCAAGGAGGGUCUGGAUAUCAAUUCUCUGGAGAGCCUGAGUCAGGGGAUAAAGUUCCACUUCAAUCCUUCUCAGUCAACACUCGUCAUGGAGGGAGAUGACAUAGAGUACAUCAAUCAGGCCCUGCGGAAAGUGUCGUACAUCAACUCCAGACAGUUCCCCACUCCAGGCAUCAGGCGUCUCAAAACCUCUACUACAGUACAGUGCUACGGUGAAGAUACCUGCAUCUCCAUCCCUGACGUCGAUGCCUUCAUAGUGGUUCUGCAGCCCAGCGAGCCCCGGAUAACAAUCACUGGGAUGGACCACUUCGCCCGACUGGACACAGAGUUUGAGAGCUCAGAGGGACUGGUGCUUUUCCCUGACAUCCGAAUCAUCAGCACUGUCACCAAAACAGACCUGCCACCGCAGGGAAAAGCUCGCAAGCGUGGUGGGCAGGAAGAAAUCAUUCACAACCUGGAUUACUGCGAUAUUCUGGUUAUCGGGAAUGAACUGAACCCAGACCAGGAGAGCCUGCAACUCAAUAGGAAUGAGCUGCACGGAAAGCAUUUGGAUGCAGCAAACUCCACUUCUGGAAUUUCCAUCUAUGGUGUGGAUACCAUGUCCAACUACGAGCAAGUACUGAGACAGGUGCGAUAUCUGAACUGGCACAGCGCCGGCAUUUUUGGAAGGAGGUUCAAGCUAACAUGCUCAGAGCUGAAUGGAAGAUACACGAGCAAUGAGUUUAAUUUAGAGGUCAAUGUCCUGCACAACUCAAAUUCCAGGGAGCACGUGAAUCACAUGGCAGUUCAACCUCAGUACUUCCAGGCAAUUCCCCACCCAGUGAUGAGGCACAAUGUAAACAGCGCCCACAGCUUGGCAAUUCCAAGCGCUGCCACCGUUGUGAUUGUGGUGUGUAUCAGCUCUCUGCUCCUCAUCGUAGUGCUGGGAAUCUACAGGGUUCGAGUGGCCCGUCUGCACUCCUGUGAGAGUGGGGGAGGUGCAAAGGAAAACCAAACGGAUUGGGACGACUUGGCGCUGACUAUUACCGUCAACCCCAUGGAGAACGUUGAAGAGCCGCAGCAGGCAAAUGAAGAGAGCGAGGACGAGGAAGAGGAGGAGGAAGACGAGUUGGAGGAAGAUGACAUCACGAGUGCUGAAUCAGACGACAGUGAUGACGAGGAGGCAGUGACCAUGGAGGGCCAGUGCGACGGCAAGAGGAGAGAGCAGCUGGAGUGGAACAACUCAACACUACGUUAUUAGACAACCUUUCCUCUCCACCACCCCUGAAACACUACAGCAUCUUUGCCUGUUUCUAAGGCUACCCAUUCAUUGGCAAGACUUUGAGUUGGUGUAUUACAUGUUUAACUCGGCCUCACACUUUAUAAAACGUUGCCCUCUGCUGGCUAGGAAAGUGUUCUGCACUUUUUAUGGUAACCCACUUUCUGGCUUUACUGCAAUAUAGGACAAAGGUUUUCAUUUGCAUAUAUCAUCUAGCAGUUUAUUUUAGUUUAAGAAAAAUGACAGCAUUUUUUCUUUUGUAAAUGUUUCAAUCUGACUGUACUCUCAUUACCUACUGAAUGUGUUCAUUUUAUUAUGAACUCAAAUUACUUUCACUGAUUUUUAAAUAUGCUUCAACUAAGCUGCCCUACAUUAAUCUCCCAAAACUGGAAUUAUUUAAAUCCAGAAAUCUUUGUGGACUUGCACUUCUAAGGUUUUUAUUUAAAAGGUGUCGGAUCAGUCUUGUUAAACAAUCUGUAGUCUUUGUCUGAACAGCUUUAAUAUAUAUAGAAAUUCUGCCUGUUAAUAGCCUUUUCACAUAUUGUCUGGCUCCAAAGCAGUUUGUCAACCUCUGACCUUUGUAAUGUAUUGUUUCGCCACCUGUUCGGUAGCCCAUUGUGAGGUCAGAAAGCAAAGGCUAAACUAAGUUCUCUUGUAUACAUUGUAUAUUGUGCACCCUUCUAUCGUAUAAACCUGUAGUGUAAAAAUAAAGUUGCAAUCUUUUAAUACCUUUAAUCAGUCAAUGGAAUAUAUAUGAUAUUUUAUUUAGCCUUUUAGCCUUAGCCUUAAUAUUUUAAAUUUACCAAAUUAUCUGUAUUUAUUUGAUGCAAAAAGAAUUCAGAAAUCUUACACAGAUUUUUUUUUUCAAUUGUCAAUUAUUUUUCAUGUCACUUUUUUUUUGUUACCAAAUGUUUAGUGAUUUAUUUAUUUAUGUAAAUGUAUUUAUUUUUCUGGUAGUUCAGCUGGCACAUUACAAGGGGAGGUACUGCUAUAUAUAUUUUUUAAGCUGUUCAGUAAAUACCAGUUAGGAUACUUACAUUUAGACAAUACCCGGGUUGUUUGGUUUAGAGGCAGGUUGAGUGGUUUCUGUUUUUAUAAGUUGACUUGAAUAUAUAUAUUACAUCCAUCUUAACUUUUUGGCAAUUAUGUGUCCCUCUGUUUAUCAUGGAUUUGGGGGAAAACUUUAUAUAUAUAUAUAUAUAUAUAUAUAUAUAUAUAUAUAAUAUAUAUAUACACACACACAAAGAUGCACAAAAGAAAUGCAACACUCAGGUCUAAUGGAUUUAAUCAAAUAUUUUAAACACAGCUGUCAAAAUCACAGAAAAUAUGAACAAAAAUACAGAUGUUAGUAUCCGGUGUGACCUCUCUGAGCAUUAACACAAUCCUGGCAGUGUUGACGCGUAGACCUGAUCAGCCUCUGGAGAGACUGCUGUGGGAUGUUCCACCACUCUUCCUGUACAGCUGCAGCCAGCUGGCGAAGGUUGGCUGGUCGCGGUUGUCUCCUUUGGAUGACACUGGCGAUUUGGUCCCACAGAUGUUCUAUUGGACUUAGGUGGGAGAAAAAGCUGGCCACGGCAAGACCUCGACAUUGUUUUCUUGAAGUUGUACAAUUGUAAUCCUAGCACUGUGUGGUCUUGCAUUGUCCUGCUGGAAAAUCGACACCAGAUUGGCUUGCAGGGACGGAAAAACUGUUGCCUCAAGGACUUCGCCAAUGUAUCGCUGAGCAGUAAGGUUGCCCUCAUUCUGCACCAAAGGCGUUCUUGUGUUAAAGGAGAUUCCUCCCCACAUCAUCACACUUCCACUGCCCCACUGGUUGGCUUGAACAACGCAACAGUCAGCAUAACGCUCAUCGUGACAUGGUGGGCCGGUGUGGUGACCCUCUGCCUUCCAGGACGUGUUGUUCCUCACAGCCAGUUUCCUGGUUUCUCUGGACUAGUCUGCUGAUUUUUGAUGCAGAACAUCUCAUUCUCCAAGCAACUUCUCACAGACAGGCCGCCUUCAAUCAUGCCGAUAGCAACCAGUCGAUCUUCAUUACUCAAGCGAGGCAUGGUCUUAUCUUUUGCUGUUCUUGCAUUAAUUAAAAUCAUGUCUUUAAGAGUGGCUAUUUAUACACAUUCUUAAUCAACUCAUUUUAGCAAUUUUAACUCAACUCAAAUACCAGACACUGAGCACCUGGUGUUUUUAUGAAAUCACAUGACUUGAGCUCAUUAUUUUGUUAUCCCAAGGAACAAUACUACUCAAACAAUCAACAAACCUAUCUGCUCACUAUUUAAAAUGUAAAUAACAUUAUGUAUGUGCGUGGUUGAUGUCAAACAGACUGUUGUGUUUUCAUUGUGCAUCAGUUUAUAUAUAUAAUAUAUAUAUAUAUAUAUAUAUAUAUAUAUAUAUAUAUAUAUAUAUAUAUAUAUAUAUAUAUAUAUAUAUAUAUAUAUAAUCCCCCAUAUCCAAAUAUACUGCAUACAAAACUUUUAUUUAUUUUUUUUUUUUUUUAAAGUAGUGCGAGUCCUGCAUGAUCAGAAGCAACUAAAAAGCAAGUUGAAAACAACUCCUGUGACAUUUCAUACCCCUUCAACCAGUUUAACAAAAGCCCAUCAAGAGAGUUGGUUUAUACUGUACAUUGAUUGAUACGACUUCUGGCUACACUUUACCAAAACACUGUUUUAAAAGGGCAGUUCUCCGUACGUGGGUAUGUAAUAUUUAACAUUAUGCAUUUAAAUCAGUGGUGUCUGUCAUUACUACAUGUAGUACUAGAGAGAAAGGACUCCUUUAUCUGAUGGAUUAAAAGCAGUGGAAAGAGUUUUUAUACAUAGGAAUGACAGAGGGUCCUUUGUUAUGACUGGAUCUCUCUUUGUGUUUUUACCAUUUGAUUUAGCUGGGAGAAUGUACUUUUUGAAACUACGCAUAGAUUACAAGUGAAGUUUGUUGCAAUGAACAAUAAGAAUACAUAUGCUUAAUUCAUGUGCUUGUGAUGACUCUGUCGUGAUCCUUGGUCCAUGAUAUUUCAGCUUUUUAAGUUUGCAUUGUCAGGUUCUGACUAUAAUCAUGACAUAAAAUGUCUGUUGUACUAGAUUUUUUUUUUUUUUUUUUUUUUAAAGGCUAUUUAAAAAUACUAAAUUCUGUAAAAUGUUUAUUUUUUUUAGUAUUUAUUUAUUUAUUGGUCACUACAGCACUUUCUGUACAUUGGCCAAUAAAAACUGGUUUUAGAAUUCA